AUGGCUACUGAAGAUGAUAAUUUUGACAUUGACAUUUAUGGCGAUGCAGGAGGAUAUAACGGCAAUGAAAACGAAGGGGAUUAUAAGGCGGAAGAGCCUGAGCUCAUCCUCGACGCACCGGAGACUACCCAUCAAAACGGAGUAGGUGAUGGUUCCGGCGGUAAUAAUAAUGCUACUGAGAAUGGCAACCAUAAAAUUUUCAAAACCGAAGAAUCGUCUCAAACCGGUAAACCGACAUCUGAUAGUUUGCAAAUACCACAACCGCCGCAGCAAGGGGUUAAGCGAAAAGAAAGCCCAACAGACAGACCUACAGACCCAGAUGCAACCAGUGCAUUGUAUAUUUCCGAUCUUUAUUGGUGGACCACUGAUGAUGAGAUCCGUGGGUGGGUAAAUGAGGCGAGCUGUGAAGACGAGCUCAAAGAUGUCACAUUCAGCGAACACAAAGUGAAUGGUAAAAGUAAAGGGCAAGCCUUUGUUGAAUUCAGGUCGCCACAAGCAGCAACAGCCGCAAAGCGUAAAAUCGAAUCACUCAACUCUAACCAACAAAAUGCGCGAAAAUACUCCGUCAAUUAUACUCAACCACAUGCGAACCCGUUCCGCACGCUCCCCAAGGAUAACCCUAUGCGUGGAAAAGAUGACCGGUCAAGGUCUUCAUCUACAGGUUUCAACUCGCCGGUUCAAGGGAUGAAUUUUGGCAUGGGGGCAAAUACUGGUGGGUUUAGGGGCGGCCGUGGCGGUGGAUUCAACCGUGGAGGCAUGAACAUGGGGGGUUUCAAUGCCAAUCGCAACUUCUCUGGCCCAAUGAACACGGGUGGAUUCCAGGGUGGUGCAAUGACCGCUGGGUUCCAGGGAACACCUGUUGGAGGCAUGCAGUCGUACGGUGGCUUCGGGAACCGCGGAGGCAUGAUGGGUCCCAACAUGCGCGGUGGACCCAAUAUGCGAGGUCGAGGAGGUAUGGGUGGCCCAAUGGGUGGAAACAUGAUGCCAGUGGGUGGGAUGGGAGGUGUGGGCAUGGCCGGGAUGGGUAUGGGUGGUAUGGGAAUGGGAGGAAUGCCCAAUCAGAUGGGUGGGCAAGGCUUCCAAGGCCAAAAUCCCCACUUCAAUCCAGCCUUCUUUGGCCAACAUGGUGCCAGUGAUGGUGCAUGGAACCCCCAUGGCGCAAAGCGUACUCGUCAAGAGUGA